GAGACAAGACCACGGAAACCCCACGUCAAAGUGCGCAUGCGCACCUUCAGACCGGGGCUUUUCCGAAAACUUCUGCACCGGCCUUUAUCAGUCGGUGUUUGUCGCUUCUAAGAGGAUAAUAACUACAACACGAAUGAUGGCAGGCGCUUACCGUUUGGCUCUGGAGCCUUUUAAUAACAGCAUUUUAACAAAAGUGAAAGAGACAACACCCUUCAAUCAGGUGAUGACUUUAAAAGCCUCCAACAUGCUGAGACUCAUCCAGGUGGUGCAUAGGAUGGCGCAGAAGAGCUGCAGAAGAGCCUUCCAGCUGUUUUGCUGCCCCAUGGACACUAUGCUGUGUGAGAAUGGCACAUGUUGGCCAGCUCAAAACCAUCAAGCUGCAGACGAUAAAACCGCACAAGUUGCACUCCGGAAUCCACCGUCUACCAUUCUGAUUGUCAACAUCAGCAACUCCACCUUGAUCGACUGCGUCAUCGGCAACGACACCUACCCAUCUGCUGUGGCUGAAUGUCAGCCUCUGAUGCAGGAAUCUGGGCUCCACAUGCACGAUCAGGCAAGGUGCCACUGCAGCCGUAGACAGCCAGGAGCAGGACAGACGUCUCCUCCUCCUCCUCCUCCUCCUCCUCCUCCUCUGCAAUCAGCUGAGCCUCCGAGCAUCAUCAUCCACCAAUCUAGUCUCAAUUGUGUCAUCAUCGGAGACAACAACUAUAUGCACGCUGAUCAGACCCACUCGACCGAAACAGAAGAGGCGUGAAGCUUUGGCUGCACACAGUGGAGACACACACUACACACUUUAGCAAUACUGUCAUCUUUGGUCGGAUCGCAGUGCAAACUCAGUUUGUGAUAAAAAAAAAUUUCAGUCUCCAGAAGACUUUUUUUCACCUUUUGGAUUUGUCUCAGUCUCUGCUCUGCUUUGACUUAGACUUGUUAUGGGUGUGGAAGUCAUUAGCUACACACCCAAUGUCUGUUACAUUUAACAGAUAUUUUAAUUGGUGAUAAAUCUGUAGAUUAUUUUCUAGAUAAGUGCUUGAUUGUUUGGUCUAUAAAAUAACAGAAUAGUAAAAAAUGUUAGUUAUUAUUUUUCAGAGCCCAGGAAUCAAAGAAUAUUAGGCAUUUUUGCUUAAAAAGUAACUUAAAUGGUUAAUCAAUUACUGCUGGAUCGGCUUAUGGAUUAAUCAACAACUUUUUUUCAGUUGUUAUUUUCACAUUUUUGACUGACAUCACUGUUAUUUCUGGUCUGGUCUUGGUUUUGACGUGACUUGAAACUGGUCUCGGCCCUGACAUUUGAUUUAAAAACAUAACUGAAUUGUUCAUCAUAUUUCUCCAAGUGUUGUAAGAGUUGCAUCACGCACAAACAAAUCUUAUCCUUAAAUAUGAUGAAUAUGAUCAGUAAAGACGUAUCCUGUUUUGCAAUACCGGUUCUUCCUCUCCUCUGUCAGACAUGAGGACAUAAAAUUGGGAGCAGAUGGAAAUUUUACUGCAUUCAUUUUAUAUAUGGGUGUGCCUUUUCUUUUAUGAUUCAUCUCUCCAUGAUGAUGUAGUCUUUGUGUAGUUGAUGUCCAGUAGUCUGAUAUGCUAAUUUAGGAAAGACAACUGGCUGUAGGAUUUAUUUUAUCUACUCAUGAACUGUAUAUAUGUAUGUGAUUGCAAAGACAAAACAGUGUUAAAAUACUGUGAGUCUGACUGAAAUCCUUAUCAUGUAGUGAUAAAGGUGUUGACUUUUGUUAACAUGUAAGGCCUAUGGUCAUUAACUGUAGACUACUUAGUAGUCUUAAUUGCUGGAACUCAUUUAGAUUUCUUGCAUUCAUAUUGUACAUAAAAUAUGGUAUAAGAGGACUUUGAAUGAACAUGCAACUAGUGUGUCUGCUUUUAUCUUUAUUUAUUAAAUGGUGUUGAUAUGCUCUAUGUUAACCUUCACACAGUGCACAUCUUUUGUUUUCAAAAAUACUGUAUGAGUUGAAUUUUUCUUUUUUUUGUU